UAAUUGCAUCAUUUGGGCGAAUUAACUCAAGGGAAAUAACCACGUCGAAUAUAAACAAAUUCACGUGUAUCGGCAAAACAUCGACAAAAUGGUCGAUUUUCACCAUUCUAGCGAUUCAGAAGCUCUUGAUUCUGAUGAAGAGCUCCAGAAAGCAUUUGCUGAGGGGAGAUUAAAAUCUACUGGGCUAAAUGUUGAAGUGGCACCACCUAAACAAUUUAUAAACAAUGUGUCUGGAAUGAAACAGAAAUUAGAGGAAAUUGAGCAGAGUUUAGACUGGACAGAACGUUUAGAUCUUACCAAUGACCCGGCCCCACCUCCAGGUGGAGGGACAGAGCCAACAGAAGAAGGAGAUGAACUUGCAAAUAAUGAUUUUAAAAGGGAGCUCAGAUUCUACAGACAAGCCCAGGCUUCUGUGUUGAUAGGGUUGUCACAGUUACACAAAAAAGGCAUUAAAACAAAACGUCCAGAAGAUUAUUUUGCAGAAAUGGCAAAGUCAGAUGUGCAUAUGAAGAAAGUGCGAGAGAAAUUACUGGAGAAACAACAAAAUAUAGAAAAUCGAGACAAGGCCAGGAAACUCAGGGAACUUAGAAAAUAUGGUAAAAAAGUUCAGCAAGAUGUUUUACAGAAAAGACAAAAGGAAAAGAGAGAAAUGUUGGAGGCAGUGAAAAAGUUUAGAAAAGGUCAGAAGAAUAAACUUGAUUUCCUAGAAGAGAAGGACAACAAGAACAAAGAUAAAGGACAGAAAAAGGACAAACAAGACAAACUUCAUCAGCCAAACAAAAAAAGACAGUAUAAGAACCAGAAGUAUGGUUUUGGUGGUCAGAAGAAGAGAAGUAAAUUAAAUACAAAGCAAUCAUCAGCUGAUAUGUCAUCUUUUAACAUCAAAGUCAAUCAAGGGAGACCAGGCUUCAACAAAAGUAAAAAGGUAUCAUGUAUUGACAUUUUAUCUGUUUAUAUCAUGAAGUUGUAAUUGUGAAAUUAAGUUGAAAUCAAAAUUUUAAUCCUAUUAAAUGACCAUCAGUAUUUUCGUACCCCUAGAUACAAACAUGAAAGGAAGUGUAGAGCGAAAGAGCCACAACUCUGUCUUGAGUACUGUUAUUUCAAGAAUAGAUGGAGCUAUUGCAACCUAUCAUUUUUCUGCGUUAGCAUCCUGAUUUGGUUAAGUUUUUGUAUGUAUUAAAGUUGGCACCUCAGACAUCUGACAUGUAGUUCUUCUAGUAGUUGUUCACAGUGAUGAUCUGACAUAUAUUACUUAGAUUCCAUAACUUUUUUUUGCUUUAUGCUAAGUUAUGAUCAUUUUGUGCCCCUAAGGGGUGGCAUGCAAUCCAACUGUCCAUCUGUCUAACCCCUUGUUAUCCAUGGAUAACUGAAGAAUGCAUCAGCCCAGAAACCUCAAACAUGACGGCAGAUGACCCCUAUUGAUUUUGUUGAUUCAAGGUCAAGGUGGCAGUGAGUUCAGCUGAAUAUUGGUUUCCAGCUGAUAACUGAAGAAAGCUUUAGCUUACAAUCAUUGCGCUUCAUAGCAUGAAUUCCAGUGGUUAAAACAUGUUUUAACAAUAAAUAUGUCCAAGGUCUAGGCUACAGUGACCUUGAGACUGAAAACAGUUUUCUUUCAUUGACUUAAGUAUGCCUUUUGCCUGCAGUCGUCAAACUUCAUAGGAUGAUUGCCUGUGGUCAGUAGAUGACCUCUAUUGUUUUCGGGGUCAGCAGGAUAAAGGUCGAUGUCAAAGUGACCUUAAACUGAAAAUCAGGUUCCAAUUGAAAACUGAGUAAUGCUUUGGCUUACAGUUAUCAAACUUCAUAGGAUGAUUACCUGUGGUCAAUAAAUGUUUUCAUGGUAAGAAGGCCAGUGGUAAAGGUAAAUUUUAUUUACGAUUGCUUUGUGAAACAAUCAACAUAAGCUCUGUAGAGCUUUUGAGCGACCCUAUUUUAAAUACGGUUAAAACCAAAUAUACCUUACCCCUAGCAAUUUUCCAGUACCCAUGUACAGCUCGGUCAAAUGAGGCACUUAUGAUAAAGUACCUUGCACAAGGACACACUGCAAUGAGAAUAGCCAGGAAUUGAACCCAGGGAGUUCGUCUUUGAGGAAAGCGUCUUAGCCCUCUCGACCAAUGUGUCCACUUAGGUCACUAACCUCAAGACUGAAUAGUUUCCACACAAUAACAAAGCCUUGGUCUAUGUUCUUCAAAGGAUGGUAAAUAACCCCUGUUGUUUUGGGGCUCAUUAGGUCAAAGUUAAAGGUCGAGGCACAAUGACGUCGAAACUGAAAUGGUUUCCUUUCAGGGACUAAAAAUGCUUUAGCCUUCCUCAAUGACUAGAAAUGCUUUAGCAUACAGUUGUAAGAUUUCUUAGGAUGAUUGCCUGUGAUCAUUACAUGAUCCCUAUUGUCUUUGAGAUCCUUAGGUCAAAGAUCUAGGGACUGAAAAUGGUUUCUGCUCAGUAAUUUUAGAACCUUAUGGCCUACUGCCACCAGACGUAAUAAGAUGAUUGCCUGUGGGCAUUAGAUGACCCCUAUUAGUUCGAGGAUCAUAGGCAAAAGGUCACAAUGACCUUGACACUGGAAACAGUUUCGACUAGAUGACCAAAUAAUGGUUUGAUAUACACAACUUUUUAGGCUGAUUGCCUGUGGUCAGUAGAUGAUCCUUAUGGUGUUUGAGUCAGUAGGUCGAAGGGCAAGGUCAUAGUGAUCUUUGGACUGAAAAUAGGACAGGCCAUUCUUGGGGGCAUGUGUGUUUUACAAACAUCUCUUGUAUUCAUUCAUUUAAUUUUAUUUAGCUACAAGGCUUUUUAUAUGCCCAAAGGGACAUAUGAUAUACCACCGGUGUCCAUCCGUCCGUUAGCAAUUUUGUGUCCGCUCUGUAACUCUUGAACCCCUUGAAGAAUUUCAAAGAAACUUGAUACAAAUGUUCACCACACCGGGACGACAUGCAGAGCGCAUGUUUUGGAUAUCUCGCUUCAAGGUCAAGGUCACAUUUAGGGGUCAAAGGUCAUAUCAGUUUGUUUCGUGUCCGCUCUGUAACUCUUGAACUGCUUUAAGGAUUUCAAAGAAACUUGGCACAAAUGUUCACCACACCGAGACGACGUGCAGAGCGCAUGUUUCGGAUGACUUGCUUCAAGGUCAAGGUCACACUUAGGGGUUAAAGGUCAUAUAUGACUUUGCUUUGUGUCUAUUGCUCUGCAUUGCAGUGCUCUUGUUUUUUUUUUGGCAGAUCCCUUUUUUGUUCACUUACAGUAAUUUUGUUUUUGAAUUACUUCCCUUUUAUGUUACUAUAAGUAGCUUAUUUUGAAAAUUUUUUAUUAUUUGCCGUAGGGAAAAACCCGAGACCACUUUCUCUGAUUUGAUUUAAUUUUGUUGUCGUUAAUAGUGGGAGUAGAGACGUGAUUUUUGGAGUGUAGUUUUGUGAAUGUGUGCUUGAUGUGUUUGUGUCAUUAUAUUUUGGAUUGCUGCAUGUGUUGAUCCAGAAUCAGCAUCAGAAACAAUCACAUGUAUAAACUUGAAAUAUUUAUUAUUGAUAAACACUUUGUGAACUUUCGUUCACCAUUGUAGUUUUCAGUCAUGGAUUUUAUUAUGUAUGACAGCAAUUUCUUACACAAAAUUGGACAAUCAACAAGGUGUAGACUUAAUCCUAUUGUGUUAUCAAGGUUAAAAGAUUUGAGAAUAUUGAAACAGUACAGAGGAAAAAGAGCUGGUCGCCUGAAGGCACAAUCCUUGAACAAUAGCAAAAGUGG